CCCCUGACUGAAGUCCACAAAGCUAUGAAAAUAAGCAAAGGCAUUUGAGUUUAAGGGAAAUAAACACAGGACGCUUUCUCGGUGUGAGCGCGUGUCCUUCCCAGGACAUAUUUAACCAGGAAGUAAACACUUAACGUAUAUACUCGCUGUUAGUCGUCCAUGAAUGCUUGCAAUUUGUCCAGUAAAUACGUGACGGAGUGCUACCGAUCGUGUCAUGAUUUAUUGUUUUACCAUCUCGGCGUUUGCGGUUCUGAGGGAUUACACGAGCGUCCUUGCUGAUAUGUCAUGGCGUGAUCCUAAUGGUCUAAUCAGAUUCAAUGGAUUGUGCUAAGCUAUGCUAAAAGUGCUAGCGCCAGACCCGAAAUCAGCUGAAUGGAUUCCAAAACGUGUUUGCUUCAGCCCAGAAUGAAUAAAGAAAUGGAGGAGCUUUCUCCCCUGGGUGACUCGGGGCAUGGUGAUAUGUCUGAGGAAGAAUCAGAGGAAGAUGACGGGCCUAAAAUUUGUCAAGUGUGUGGUGACAAAUCCACAGGAUACCACUUUAACGCCAUGACCUGUGAGGGAUGCAAAGGCUUCUUCAGGCGCGCCAUGAAGAGACCAACAAAGUUCUGCUGCCCAUUUCAGAACUCCUGUGUGAUCAACAAGAGCAACAGGAGGCAGUGCCAGUCCUGUCGUCUUCAGAAAUGCCUCUCGAUUGGAAUGAGGAAGGAGUUGAUCAUGUCAGAUGAGGCCGUGGAGAAACGGAGGAUGCAUAUUAAAAGGAAGCGGUUGCAGGAAGAGCCUGUCAUGCUCACACCUCAACAGGAAAAAGUCAUUCAGGAACUCCUCGCCGCACAUAAAAAGACCUUUGACAUGACCUGUGCCCACUUCAUACAGUUCCGGCCUCUAGAUCCGGAUAAAAAUGAUAUAUCCGACCACAACCAAGAACAUUGCAGCAGAAAGUACGCUCAAAAAAACAUAAACAAACCAGAACCUAACAUUAGAGUGCAAAGAGAGUCCAGCUAUGUCUCCACCUCAUCACCUUCAUCCAACUCCCAGGAACUUGAAAAUAGAGAGAUUAAACGCCUCGGCCGGAUCAUUUUCACCUCACUGCCGCAUUUUGCAGACCUCACCACGUACAUGAUUAAGAACGUCAUCAACUUUGGCAAGAUGCUUACAAUGUUCAGGGCUCUAGUCAUAGAGGACCAGAUCUCACUACUGAAAGGUGCAACCUUAGAGAUCAUGCUGAUUCACUUUAACAUGUUCUUUAAUGAGGAGACAAACAUUUGGGAGUGCGGUCCAAUUAAGUACUGCCUGGAAGACGCCAUGCGAGCUGGUUUUCAGCGCCAUCUGCUGGAUCCUAUGAUGAAUUUCCACUGCACUUUGCGAAAGCUGCGCUUACAUGAAGAGGAGUAUGUGCUGAUGCAGGCCAUCUCACUCUUCUCACCAGAUCGCCCUGGAGUGACGCAUCACAAAGUGAUCGACCAUAACCAGGAAGUACUAGCUAUGACCCUAAAGACCUACAUUGAGUCCAAGAGGUCCGAACCGGAGAAAUAUCUGCUGUAUCCAAAGAUUAUAGGGUGCCUGACUGAGAUGAGAUCUAUGAAUGAAGAGUACACAAAACAGGUGCUCAAAAUCCAGGACAUUCAGCCAGAAGUGUCUCCGUUAUUGCUGGAAAUAAUAAGCAAGGACAGUUAGGUCUUUACAGAAGAGAUCGUGUUGCUAUCAAAUGCUUUGAAAUCGACAGUGAUUCGAGCUGUGCAGAUCUUUGGUGCCUAUGACCUUCAUCCGAGGACACAGAAGAUUGAGGUUAUUUCACAAGGGCCCCCUGAAAAGCAGUCAAGACUAGCAAGGACAAGGCCUGUGUGCCUAAACCUACUGAACUACUGACCAGCAGCACAUACAGUCAUUGCUGCUUGUGAAAUUGUAUUUUUUACACUGAAUGUUAUUGUGUUACAAUUUGAUAUGAUCAGCAAUCUUUAUUUUCUGAAUCUGUUCACAUAAAAACAAGCUCUUUGGUAUGUAGUCACAUGGAGGAUGAUAGAUGAUCCUUUUAUAUACAUAAAUGAUGCCCAAAAUGUGUGUUUAUUUAAGAUUUGUGUCUGCCAGGCUUAAGUCUGAUAAACUUAUUUUGAGAUUUGGAGCACCAACAUUUAAUUUCAAUCCAGUCGAUAGAGAAAAAUAUCAAGGUUAUAUUUUCAAGUUUAAUGUAGAGAACUGUAAAAAAAACUUACUGUAAAUGUUCCCGAAGAAUAGUAAUAUACCAGCACUUAGCACUGAUCACAAGUCAGGGAUUUCUGUCCUAUUCUUUAAGAGUAUUCAGUGGAUAUUGUGUAUAAGAGAGACGACUACACUGGCUUUACCUACCUUUAAUUAUAAAACCACUACGUUUUUGUUUAUGGUUUAUAUUGAUGUUAAAUUUGAGAAAUGUGUUUAUUUAUUUGUUUUAAAAUACUUAAUGGUGUAAGUAGGCCUAUUUUAUUGGUCUAUUGUUUUUUUUCAGAUUAUAUAAAUACUGUACCAGUGCCAAUGUUUGAUUCAAGUAGCUAUUUGAUUCAGAUACACAACAAAGAAGAAUGUAAACGUAUUGAAGCACUGUGCAAAAAUGCAGCACAACUUAGUUUUGCAAGUCAAUUUAACCUAUUAUUUGAAGUUGUGACAAGUGAAUAGUUGAUAUGACUUCAAAAAUUAAGUUAAACAAUUUUAACUUGUUAAAAUAACAUAAAAAUAUGUUGAUUUGACAAAAAUGUUGCAUUUUUUUACAGUGUGGGGUAAACCUCAGGAAGAAGAUGUUCAGAUUUACGUCCACACAUGCUGGGUUAUUUUUAUUUUCAAUUGUUGGGUCAAAAAAGCACAAACCAAGCCAAUGGGUUAAAUCCAGGAAAUGGUUUGUGUUUGACCCAGCAAUCGGUUGGGUUCAUACCUUUAUGAUAUUUGGGUGUAUGCCCCCAAAAAUAAAAAAAGAAAUGUUAUUUUUCGAUUACUGGUGAGAAAUGUGCUUGAUUGCUUAAAGAGAAAACUACUUAAUUUUUUCUUUAAAAAUGUGUAAGUGAUCAGAAGCGACUCUGUGAGACACUUGGAUGUGUGUUAGCUAGCCAUUUUAUGUCUCUUGUGAAUUUCUUGUGUUGGAAACAAAGCUUGUAUUUUGUGUAAUGUUUGAAUGUCUGCAAUUCAUGAGGUUUUUUUAUUAGGGACACAUCAUCAGUGGUGACAAUCAGGGGAGACAGUAUACUCUAUGUAGGUUUAAAGAUCAUAUGCAUAGUUUUGUCAUUAAAGCAGUUAACAAUGACAAUCAGUGUAAAAUGAAGUAAUGUAACACUAUUAGCGACCAGUGGCGGCCGGUGACUUCUUUAUCGAGGGCGCACGAUGCAACUAUGUAGCCCGUCAUGUGUGUGGCUUGUCUUUUUUUAAAUAUGUGUUGGCGUGUCAAGUAAACUUGUGUGCAUCAUGCGAGAUGUCAAAAUACGAGCCUGCUGCAGACACUUUGAAGGGGUUUAUGAUAAAAGAGACCCUCCCAUUGCCAGAUACACGCUUAAUCUCAUGUGUAAUAAUCAGAGUUUCCUAUUAAGUUAGUGUCUUGUGAGUAUUUUGUGCAGCAGGCAUGUAUUUUGACAAGACACUUGAGGCACGUGGUUCACAAGAUGCAAUGAACACGUAUUUUGAAAUGACGAGCAACACACUGAACACUUAUUUUGAAUUCACACCCCUUGGAAGAGAAGUCCCCGGCCGCCACUGUUAGCGACAGUCUACAGUACAGGAAAAGUGUAGGAUACUAAACUUAGGUUAUGUCCAAAAUUGCCCCCUAUACCCUCAUUCAAUAUUCCCUAUAGUUUUCUAAUAGUCCACUUGAAUAAGGGAAUGAAAACAAGUGAGUGCAUUUGGACACUAAAGGAUGUGUACACCAAAGCGUUUACACCCGCGGCCAGUUGUUUCCAAUGGAAGCAGAGCGCUUAUCAAAAACGCCAGCAGGUGUCGGGUUUUGUCCGCACUGAGCGCCCAAAGUUGCAAAAUGUUUAACUUCAGCUAAAACCUUCAGCUCGUCAAUGUCACUUUUCACUUGGCCGUCCAAUCACAGGGGAGGUGGGACAAAUAACUUAAUGACUGAUAAACAAAACAGAAGUAGCAUAGCAACCAAAGCGCUUAGCUGAAUAAACGCUAACAAGCGCCCAUAGCCGGCGUCCGCCUGGUAUUUUUAGCCACGUUUAAACGCUUUGAUGUACAUGCGCCCUAAGCAAUGGAAGCGCUGCAGGUGCCAUCUUGUGUCGAAACACGGGAAUUCAUUUGGCAAGUGUCUGACACUGAUGUGGUACCGGCUAGCCGUUAAGUGUACAUCAGUGGUACACUCAUAAUUAAAGUGCAUUAUGGAUUAAAUAAGUGCACUCGAUAUGGUCCACUAUGACCCUGUCCCAAAUGGCACCCUUUUACUCGCUUAGUUUACGAGUCUGUAGGGUGUCCCAUCUGUCAAUUUUAUGCUCCGAAGUGUGCUCAUCAGCGCCCCCUUUGAACCCCUGAUGUGGGCUUCGCCGAAGACUGCAGCAGGCUUUGCACAUUUUGCCAACCCAAAAGUCAUUGAAAAAAAGAGCAAUCAGACCAUUUAGAUGACUGAAGGGUUCAGCGUUUAUUUCCGGCGUGACGCUCAAGCUCUCACAAAAUACGACUCCGGUGCACCCUUGUGGGCUCACGUCAAGGGUCCCUAAGGUCUGCACUACAUGAUAUCAUUAAAGUGUGGACUCUGAGGAAAUCCAUAAGACAGGGCCUAUAAUUUCGGACAACACUACAAUGGCUGUCCCUUCAAGUAGUGCACUAUUUAAGGGUAUAGGGAGCUAUUUUGGACAUAGCGUUAGACACUUUUCAUAUACCUGUAUGUUCUAAAGCACUAGACCCCAUGUAUUAAUGAGAAGCACAAACUGUUUUCAUACUCUUUGGCAUGUUGUCUAAAUUUAUCAGCACUGUUUAAUGCUAACUGAUGUUUAAACCCAGAAGUGAACUCACAACAUUAACCACACCAUAUUCAAACUCAGGUCUUUUAUCUUUUACAUUUAAAGCGAGGAGCGUGUGCCCCCUCAGGAAAAUAAAUUGUAUGAAAUCUGCAGGACAUUUACUGUGUAUUUGCCAUAAUUUCUUAACAACCUAUGUCACUUGAAAGGCUU